AUGUCUAAAACAUCACCUACACCAGAAAAACAUAUAUCAUUUAUUGAGAAACAAACGGUUGCUAAUGUAUUGGCUGAAAAACCAAAUAUCCAGUUACUUAUUCAACUGCCGGUGAACGCUACCGUUGAAGAAGCAUUUGACUUAUUGUUAGCUGAGAAUAUUUUGAGUGUUCCUGUAUAUAGAAUAUGGAAAGGACAUAGAGAACCGAUUGCUUUAGUUAGUGCGUUUGAUUUGGUUACGUUCGUGUGUUUACAGUUUAAUGAACCCGACAAUCAAGAAUCAUUUAAUGAGAAAUCAAUUUUUCUCCAGAAAUCAGUAGGCGAAUUAAUUGGUCUUUCACCGGAAUCAACACAUCUCACAAUUCGUCAUCCAUCAGACUCUCUUAAAGAACUACUCGUUCUUUUUACACAUCACAAAGUCCACCGAGUCCUGGUAACCAGUCAAGUUCCCUCGUCACCCAACGAAACAGUCAUUAAUGAAGACCUAAUUCAACCGUGCUUUAUUUCACAAACUGACGUAAUUCGAUUUCUCGUCAAAAAUAAUCAUCGAUUGGGAGAAAUUUUGGAUAUUUCCGCGUCAAAGGUCGCGAAUCGUGCGUCAUUAUCACGUCAGGGAGGAUCCGUAGCAUUAUCGACAAUCACAAUACAUGAUCAAGCGUUGACUGCUUUUCGCAAAAUUUACGAAGACAAAGUUAAUGCCGUCGCGAUUUUGAAUGAUGAAGGAAUGUUAGUGGGUGAAAUUUCUGCGGCUGAUUUACGAGGAUUGAAUAGAAGUCGUCUAAAUGACCUCGAGAAACCAGUAGUAAUGUUUAUGAAUACGUGCAAAGGAGGACUAGUCAAACCGCUGACCUGUCGAGAAAAAUACACUCUGAGUCAAGUAAUGUCGGGAAUAAUGCUUAGAAAAGUGCAUCGUGCUUGGCUUCUUGAUGACGACAAUAUCCCAAUCGGUGUAAUCACCUUAAGUGAUAUCUUGUACAUGUUUCUGUCGCCUGAAACGAGCAUUACUAAACAACAAGAGAAUAAUUCUUUUUCUCCAUACUCGUUAUCUUCGUCUUUUCAUCACUGA